GAGGAAACACGUCCGAAGUGACUGACUACAACGUGACUGGCUGAAACACAUGGUCCGGUGAUCGUGAUCAUGAUUGCAAAUCGUCUCGCGCCAAUCGUCACCCUCGUCCUCGUGGUUCUGCUGUCGACUAUCCAUCACGGAGAAGCAAUAAUAUGCUAUCAAUGCAACAGCGAAUACGAUCCAAGGUGUGGCGAUCCAUUCGAUCCGUACAGUCUUGGAACGGUGAACUGCAGCUUUCAGCCACGUUUAGAACAUUUGAAUCACCUGGAGCCUGUCCUUUGUCGAAAAAUCAGUCAAAGAGUGUACGGGAAGAUCAGAGUUGUCAGAGGUUGCGGAUACAUAACGGACAAGAGAGACGAUGCCGAUUGCCUGAUAAGAUCAGGCACUCACGACGUUCAUGCAGUCUACUGUGCAUGCACCGGUGAUCUUUGUAACUCGGCCGAAAGCCGCACGCCGUCCUUCUUACUGCCGUUGACGUCUUUGUUGACGGUUGUCCUGACGAUGCCGAGUUUCCUCCUUUCGUGCCCGUUCGCAAUACCUGUCCUAACCUCGCCGCACUUCUCCAUAGCCUAAACUACUCCAGCCACCAGCGGACAACACUUUAACGCCUAAAAACUGAAUCAACGAUGCAAUAGAGAGAAGACCGUUCGUUCGGAUCCGGAGCAACUCGUUUUCCUGUCACUGUUCCUCCCCGUUCGUGUUAGAUCGCGAUACAUUUUAGAUCCUGUACACAUAUACGUACGUAUAAAUUAAGAAUAAUCGAAUAAGCGAAUUUCAACAAAAGUUUCAAUCUUGGAAGUUAAACAUUUCACUCGAUUCGUUGAAUUUUUUAACGUGUUUUAAUCAUUCCUAGCGAAACGGGACGCCGGGAACUGGGACUAGUUGAACGAGUUGAAACGUAAUUACGUAUUGCUCUGUCAUUGUUAUUUAAAAAAAAAAGAUGCCCGGUCGAGAGCAUAGAGAAAUAUAUGAUUCGAAUGAUUCGAAGGCAAAAGUAGUCAAAUUACAAGAUAGUAGCUCUUAUGGUGAUACAAACUGCCAGAUACGCAAGAGCGUACUUCAGUAGUACACUUUACAAGAAGAUUUAAACGGAAAGGAAAUAAAAAAAAAAAUACACACAUACGGCCUCCGCACGUGAAACUACCCAAAAUAUCUCGCAUAAGUGUAGAAAAUAAAGAAUGGAAAGGAACUAAUUACAAGAAAAAGGAACCUCAAAAGAUACAUAUAUAUUAAUAUAUAUAUAUGUAUGUAACGUAGCGCCAUUGCGAUUACAUUCGCAUUUUGUGCUCUAUCGCUAAAUGGAUGAAACAAAAGAAAAAAAUAUAUAUAUACAUACAAAUAUAUAUUAUAUUUUAUUGGAAGAGAAACAGAAAUGGAAUUGCACGUAAGAAAGAUAUUACAGCUUAUUUUUAGAGAAAUAACAUCGGGUUGCUUUCGUGAAUGCCGGGUAUUAUACUGCAAUAUUUGGAAAAAAGAUAAGAAAAACAAGAAGAUGGAAACAUAUCAAGGAGCAAGUUACCCUGCCCUUUGUUCAAACGAAGAAACGAUGAAACAAAUAAAUAAGAUUCGGCAUUACGAUUGCGACCCGUAUUUCGCUGAUUUUUGCAAUAAAAUGCUGUGUAAAAUGAUAGACGAUAGCGGAGGAAAUGAAGAAAAAAAAAAGAAAAAGAAUAUACUGACGUGCGUAUGUGUGCGUGUAUGGCGAGCGUGCGUUCGUACGUGUGUGUGCACGCGGCUGCGUGAAUGUGUGCGUGUAUGUAUACGUAUAUUUGCGUUAAAGGAACGCUAAAAGAUUAUUAACGGAUAUAUAUAGUUCGAUUAAAGCGAAACGUUGCUACUUCUUCGAUCGUAGCCAACUAAUGAAGAGUCAGUAAAUUAAAAGAAUAAAAAAAAAAGCAUGAACAGAAAACCAAAAAACAACAAGUG